AUGUCAGUCUGUUCGUAUCAAUCAUUCUGUCUCCAUAUUUAUUCUGCCAGGUUAUCUACCCUCUUCCUAUCUAUCUAUCUAUCUAUCUAUCUAUCUAUCUAUCUAACCACCCAAAUCCGAAUCUUCAGCUUUUUAUCUAUCUAUCUAUCUAUCUAUCUAUCUAUCUAUCUAUCUAUCUCAAUCAAUCAAUUCGUAUUUAUCUGUCUAAACACCAAGUUCCGAAUUUUCAUCGCUUUCUCUCUCUCUUUCACACACACACACACACACACACACACACACACACACACACACACACACACACACACACACACUAUCUCUCUUUCUCUAACCAUUAACCUAUCUAUCUAUCUAUCUAUCUAUCUAUCUAUCUAUCUCAAUUUGUUCGUAUUCGAAUUUUCAUUUUAUCUCUCUCUCUCUCUCUCUCUCUCUCUCUCUCUCUCUCAAAGAAUAAACCUUUUACGAGAGGAAAAAUGUGGUAAACCCUGGACGCAAGUUUUCCGUGGAAAACUCAGAAGUCAGACAAUAAAUCAAUAA